AUGAGUGAACACCAGGUGCUCCUUGCCUCUGACUUGGACUUCCUCCUCGAGAACAGCAGCUCUCCCUAUGACUACAGAGAAAAUGAGAGCGACUCCUGCUGCACCUCCCCACCCUGUCCACAGGACUACAGCCUCAACUUUGACCGGGCCUUCCUGCCGGUCCUCUACAGCCUCCUCUUUGUGCUGGGGCUACUGGGCAACGGAGCGGUGGCAAUCGUGCUGAUGAGCCAGCGGGCAGCCCUGAGCAGCACUGACAUCUUCCUGCUCCACCUGGCAGUGGCCGAUAUGCUGUUGGUGUUGACCCUCCCACUCUGGGCAGUGGAUGCUGCUGUCCAGUGGGUCUUUGGCUCCGGCCUCUGCAAAGUGGCUGGUGCUCUCUUCCAUAUCAACUUCUACGCGGGGGCCCUCCUGCUGGCCUGCAUCAGCUUUGACAGGUACCUGAGCAUUGUGCAUGCCACCCAAUUCUACCGCCGGGUGCCCCAGGGCCGCAUGCCCCUCACCUGUGUAGUUGUCUGGGGGUUCUGUCUGUUCUUUGCCCUCCCUGACUUCAUCUUCCUGUCAGCCCACCACGAUAUGCGCCUCAAUGCCACCCACUGCCAGUACAACUUCCCAAAGGUGGGCAGAACAGUUCUGCAAGUACUGCAGCUGGUGGCUGGCUUCCUGCUGCCUUUGCUGGUCAUGGCCUACUGCUAUACCCGCAUCCUGACUGUGCUGCUACUCUCCAGAAGCCGGCGGCGGCUGCGAGCCAUGCGGCUAGUGGUGGCAGUGGUGGUAGCCUUCACCCUCUGUUGGAGCCCCUACCACCUGGCAAUGCUGGUGGACACCCUCAUGGACCUGGGGGCCUUUGCCCGCAACUGCAGCCGAGAAAGUCAGGUAGACGUGGCCAAGUCAGUCACUGCAGGUCUGGGCUACCUGCACUGCUGCCUGAACCCCUUGCUCUAUGCCUUUGUGGGUGUCAAGUUCCGAGAGCACAUGUGGAUGCUGUUUGCGAACCUGGGAUGCCCAGGGCAGAAGCAGCUGUCGUCUUCCCGCCGGGAUUCAUCUUGGUCUGAGACCACAGAGGCCUCCUACUCGGGCUUGUGA